AUGUCUUGGAUAAUCAUAAUCAGCACCCACCAUCUUCUUGCCGCGGUCACCGUAGGAACAGGAUCGGGUGCCGGUCUGCCGGAGUUAGCUCGCUCCAUAGAAUGGAUUUGCAAGGUCACACAGUCAACGGAUUUCACUGAGCUUGCAAACCAGGAGCCAUGGCUCUCAUCUAUGAAGUUGGUUGUGAAACCUGACAUGCUCUUUGGGAAACGUGGGAAGAGUGGACUUGUGGCCCUCAACCUAGAUCUUGCCCAAGUUCGCCAAUUUGUUAAGGAGCGGUUGGGAGUUGAGGUCGAGAUGGGUGGCUGCAAAGCUCCAAUUACAACCUUCAUAGUUGAGCCAUUUGUGCCGCAUGACCAAGAGUAUUACCUUUCGAUUGUAUCAGAAAGGCUUGGCAGCACCAUUAGUUUCUCAGAGUGUGGAGGUAUUGAGAUCGAGGAGAACUGGGACAAGGUUAAGACUAUCUUUCUUCCCACAGAGAAUCAAAUGACACCUGACGCAUGUGCUCCAUUGAUCGCCACCCUGCCAUUGGAGGUCCGCACAAAAAUAGGUGAUUUCAUUAGAGGUGUAUUUUCUGUUUUCCAAGACUUGGAUUUCUCAUUUCUUGAGAUGAACCCAUUUACCUUGGUAAAUGGUGAACCGUAUCCUCUGGAUAUGAGAGGAGAACUAGAUGACACAGCUGCUUUCAAGAACUUUAAUAAGCAUGAGGGGAAAGAGAAAUCGAAGGACAACGAAAACUUGGAGAGGCUAGAGAUGGCGCACAUCAAGUUGGAGGCUGCUCUCGAGACAUCUGAAAAGUGGCAGAUCACUGAUGCAUCGUUGUUGCGUUGGCGGAAAAAUCUGAAGCGUGCUGCUCAAGAGUGCGACGACAUGCUCCACAAGUGCAAGAAUAGAAUCCUGGAAGAAGAAAAGAUGGAACAGGAGUGCCAAGUCUCACUGCAUGGAGGCGAUUUUUGUCUGCAAGAUCCUCAAUAUCUGAUAGCUGGACUACUGUUUAUGCCCCAUGGCUCUUCAGAGGACCCGCUGGCUGCGGAUAAAAGCUCAGCUAUAGUGGUGAAUCACAGUGAGGAGCAACAUUGCGCUCAUACAGACAUUACCUUGGCACAGCUGGAAGAGAUCACACUACCAAAGGCUGUAGAUUACUUCUGCCAAAACACAGAUGUACCAGAUGCUUUGGAAGUCUCAACAUGGUGCUGCAUAUAUUCAAGUUGCGAAGGCAAGCACGAAGAUGCAAAGCACACAGCGCAAGAAAAGCAGUGCAACGACAGGAUCAGGAGCUGGUGGAGCAACCGUAUGUGGUUCCUCACUUCAUCAACUUAUGGGCUGGGCACGCGCCUAGCCGGCUGCAAGGCUCUCUCGCAAGCUGGAUGCAGAAAGAAAAAGAAAAUCGGUCAGCACCUUCACAAAUGCGCCUGA